AUAAAGCAGUCGACAAAAAAUAAAAUUUAGUUUUUACUUCAAUCAAAGUGGAGAGCGUUCUACGAGUGGACCAUACCAAAUAUUUUCCAAAGUUUAUUGAACACUAAUAACAAUAACAUCAAUGGCAUUAAUUUACGUUUUAACUGUACUAUCCGCCUGUUUACUUGCUCAAAGCCAUGCGGCGCCAUUCAAUUGCACGGAGCCACCAAAUUUGGGACACUUCAAUAUUCACAGUUGCUGUCGCAUGCCAGAAAUGGACUUGGGCGAAACGCCAGCGAAAUGCGUCGCCUAUAUUAAAACGCUCAACGCACAGGCGCGAGGCAUGAUGAACGGCAUGGGUGGUGGCAAUAACAAAAACGACACCAACAACAAUAAUAAUCGAAAUGCAGCGCCAGCUGAAUUUCCAGCUUACGCACACAUUUGCUACCCGGAGUGUAUUUACCGUGAGACAGGCUCGUUGGUCGAAAAUGAAUUUAAUAUGGAGAAUGUCAAAAAAUUCCUAAACAAAAGUGUCAACAAACGCGACAAGGAUAUUGUACCGCAGAUUGUGCGCUCCUUCGAGAGUUGCCUGGACAAUAUCAAGGGUCACAUGGCUGCUAUGGGCAUCAAGACAUAUGCCAAAUUGCCGAUGGGUUGCUCACCUUUAGCCAGCAUGAUGUACAGUUGCGUGAACGCGGAGACCUUCCUGCACUGCCCCGCCAAGAUGUGGAAGAACGAGGAGCAAUGCAACGUGGCGAAGAGCUUUGCGGCACAGUGUAAUCCACUGCCGCACGUGCCCUUGCCGAUUGGUUAAAGGCGGAACGCCGAAAGAGUGGAAAGGAGCCAGGGAGCGGCGACGAACUUUAUGAAAUUAUAAAUUUAGAUUUACAAUAACUUUUUAUUAUGUACGAGUUUUGUCUUUAGGCAGUUCUCAAGUUUGUCUUAACAUUCGUGCCCUUGUGCACACACACACACACACACUUGUUCUUAUGCUAUGAAUAAAUUUAAUGGCCAAAUACAUAAGUAUGGAUUACGUUUGACUUUAAUUUGAG